GACAUCAUGGAUCAGCUGAGAUUACAUCCCUAGCUGUCUGGCCGUUCAUUGAUUAUUUCAUCAUUUAUCAUGAUUAAAGGGUAGUCUGGGGAUGGGUUCGUUCAUACAGGACGGAAGCUUGUUUUUUAUUUGUGUUUUAAAGAGUUAAAUGUUUUUAAUGUCUAUCAGCGAACAUGUUAGGAGGAAACAGAGUCUGGCCCGGCACGGCUCGGCAUACAGAUGUUCCAGCUGAGGAUAAAGGAAGCGUUUAUGUGGUUCAAUAGUCUGACGGAGCUGAGACUUAUAAGAUUUAUUUUUAUCAUUUUGUGUUGAAAAGUUCAUAUAAUAUUUCCUGUGGAGUCUUUUUAACAUGAGUCUGAAGGACAGAGCGGCCGUCCGUCAGCAGAGCUCGGAGAAUAACUCGGUCAGCAGCUCCGAGUGGGACAUGGCCAACGACGUGUUUGUGUCCGGAUACGACGACCCUUCUGUGGGGGACGGAGCCUCUACCGCCGGGGACCAAGCGGAACCUGGUAGUAUGGACCGACACCUGCCGCUGCUGCGGGGAGACUCCCGCCGGUUAUCCUCGGAGGACGGCAUGAUACUGGGCCUGCCCGAGGAGGAAUUUCCGGGCUCAUCCUUUCUAUCCAUCGACCCGGACUACGCCGAGAGCGACGGGAACGUGGCCACCAAGAAGCGGAUCCGCUCCAACAGCUCCCGGCACCGCGGGGAGGUCGUAACGGAGCUGGGACCGGAGGAAGUCCGCUGGUUUUACAAAGAGGACAAACGGACCUGGAAGCCUUUUGUCGGCCACGACUCGUUAAAAAUCGAGAUUGUGUACCGGAGGUUUUGUGAGCAGAAUCCGGACAGGGACAAACAUCCAGACACCGUUGAGGUUAAUGGGAAGGAGGCAGUCCGAUCAGGGGAGGUCCAGUCGGAGGUGGAGGGUGGAUCGGUUCGGGCGGAGCCGGCGGUGCAGCGGAGCUCGGUGUCAGAGGAGGUAAAGGGGCCAGACGAGGUCACCGUAGAGGCGGUGUGUGUUCGAGGGGGACUGUACGAGGUGGACAUCCGGGAGAAAGAGUGCUACCCGGUUUACUGGAACCGUGAGUGUGACCAACAAUAUACACUGACUGUACUGUUACUGUAACAAAUGCUGCUGUUUAAACAAUGAUACACAGUCACCAGUGGGACCGUACACUAACACCACUUUACACCUGCUACUGCCCCGUUAUUGUACCAUCCCUUUGCAGGAGCAGACAGUGUGUUAGUACAAUGACUUAUUUCUCUUAACAUCACCACUACUGUAAAGGGCUAUAGGUCUACUGCUAACAGUUCCCCUGUAACUGAGUGGGUCUACUGUAAUGCUGGACUAAUAGGUGCUGUCAUUACCUAUACUCUAUACUAUUUGUGUAUGGCAUUUCUUCAGUACUCUUACUAGUUUCAGUGGCAUGUCCAUUUUGUGACUGUGGUGCUAAAAAAGACAGUGACUGCUCCUGAGUAUACUAAUAGGGGAGACCAGGGCUUGUUGUCACAUGGGUAAGUUGUCACAUUGUGAUUAUCUUUGCCACCAGAGGGCGCAACUAAAAAGUGGAAUACUAGUUUUAUUCCUUUACAUGGUCAGGGGUCGUGUCCUGUCUGAGAAGAGAAGAGCACAUUGUGAGCUGAGAUGAGCGCCAAUUAACCAUUUCGCACAACCCAAAGUUUAAAAAAAAUUAACUUUAUAUAUUUUGAAAUAAGCUUCUUCCAGAUAAAAAUCCUAGCAGUGAUACAUGUGGACUUGUUAGAGGAGAGGUUAAGGCAUCCUGUCCUACCUCAGUCAUUGCUCUGUUUUCAGCUACUGUAAGUUUAAACGAGAGCUAGAGAUAGCAAACAUGGUAGUUUGGGGCAACAUGUCUCAGUCAUUUUGAGGUUGGUUGUCACAUGUUUAAAAGGGAUUAAAAUUAAAAUAGAAAUCUGCUUAUUAGCAGUUGUCAUAUUGAAACUUUGAUUCACUUUUACAGAAAAAAGCGUGACUUAAAGGAGAGGAGAAAGCGAGAAGACAUGGUCAGGAAUUACAAAAGAAAAACAGAAUGUGGCAGUGCAGUACCUGACGUGAUGCUGAGGACAGUCAGGCAGGUGACCCUCACUAAUGAAUCAAUCUGGAGUACAAAAAAGGACUUCAAUGUCAACUACCACAUCUUGGCACAGUAAUGCAACAACAUUCACUCCAGCCAAAAUACAGAGUCAGACAGCUCUCCAAACUCCAGAGCACAUGGCAUUAUAUUCUAUGCUAACGUUUGUUUAAUAGCUAUGUUCAACGACUUUUUCUAGCUCAAUGAUAAACAUUUUCUGUACCUGACUUUGAUGUUUACUUUCAUGUAAAAAAAGCGGAACAACAAUAAUUUUGUCCUUGUUUUAUAAGCUGCAGAAUCCACUGUGACACUUUACCCCAUAGACUGAGACAACUUACCCGAUGGUGGGGCAACAUGUCACAUGUUCACUCUCUCCUUGAUUGCUUAUAACUCUGCACUGACACAAGAUAUGAAAAUGACAUGAAUCCGAAAUAUAUACCUGAGACUUUUGUCUUUCAUCUGGUACACAUUUUGUUUAUAUAUGAUGUAUUGAUUCCAAGAAGAAUAUUAGUGUAAAAAGUGUGACAACAAGCCCUGGUCUCCCCUACCUUUUUAAAUUAAUUUUAUUACGCGCAGUUUUCAACUGAUAGUGUUUUUCAAAUGAUCAUUUUUCUUCACUCGUCCAUGGUUUACCUCCAGGGAUAUGAAGGUGAAUAAGUCAGACUCACACUUUUAGAAAUAUGCCUUUCUGUCUUUAAGAACAAGAUCGAAUCCCUGUCAUGCGAGGUCAGUGGUUCAUCGACGGGACCUGGCUCCCCCUGGAGGAGGAUGAGAGUGACCUCAUUGAGGUGGAGCACCUGGCCUGUUACCGGGGGCAACAGAUGAGAGACACCUAUGAAAUGGAGGUGGUAACGACCACCGUGGACAGCAAAGAUGGUGAGAUUUACCUUUGUGUGUGUGUAUAUAUAUCAGGUGGUGUUGUUCCUGCUAACUGCAGCUGAAGCACACUUAAGAGAGGAAGAGUGUGUGUUUAAUUUAUAUCAAGGGACACACACACACACACACACACACACACACACACACACACUACCUACACACACAGAGCUGGUCCUCCUGAGUCUGUCACAUUAAUCAUUCUGUAAUAAGCGUUUCUGAGUAAUCACACUUCGUGCAUGUUCAUCACACUGUGUAGUUGUGCUGUUUGUGUGUGUGUGUUAAUCACAGUGUGUGUCUCUCUCAGCCAUUCACAGUCUAAAGCUGAGCAGGAGUCAUGUGGACUGGCACAGUGUGGACGAGGUCUACCUGUACAGUGAUGCUACCACCUCCAAGAUUGCACGGACUGUUACACAGAAACUGGGGUUCUCUAAAGGUGCGUACACUAACACAAACAAAAACAGACACAAACACGGAGACACAAACACAAACCAAGUCAUUAUGAGAGGAGGUGAGAAAAAGAGAACCUUUAAGACAAAACAGUUCAGAGUUUUGUCAAACCUUUAUUCAACCCUCCUCAUUUAAACCAGACUAAUAUACUGUGGUUUAAGAAUGAAGAUAACAAUAGACCUGCUCUGUCACUGUGAGAUAAGAAGGUCAACACUGACACAAACUGCUGUGAGGGUUUAUCAGAUCCCAACCCUUCCUCUCUCUCCUCCUCCUCAGCCUCCAGCAGUGGGACACGUCUCCAUCGAGGAUACGUGGAGGAGGCAGCUCCUGAGGACACACCGCCUGACACCACGCACAUCGUGUUUGUGGUCCAUGGCAUCGGGCAGAAGAUGGACCAGGGCCGGAUUAUCAGGAACACCAGCAUGUGAGACGAUAAUAUACAUGAAUGAUAUUUACUGAAGGAAACAGAAACAUAUGUGAAAAAGCAUACACAGUGUUCAUGUGUAGGAAAAAAAUGUUAAAAUACUGUACAAGGGUUGUAAACAUGAACAUGUUAAUUGUGUCGCCAUUAAGGUCUGAAUUUAAAAAAUGUUUUUAAAUCUCUUUUUUUUUUUUUUUUAAAUCCUUUUCAGUAUUUUAUAAUCAAGGCUUUGCAGCAUCUUCCUGCUCCCUGCUGCAGCCAUGGUGAAAACAGCAACAACACUGCAUUACCGUUUGGCUAUUUUGUUAAAAAACCUCCCAGAUGACUUAUGAAAAGUCAAAAGCAAUAUACGCUUUGUGUCGAACUGAAAUAAGAUAUUGUUUGUGUAUUCAAAGUUUGAGCGACCGAAUGAGCUAAACACACAGGUGCAGCUAAUCAGACUAACGUUAGCAGGUGGGUCCAGUAGAGCUAACGUAUGAGCUUAGCACACAGGUGCAGCUAAUCAGACUGAUGUUAGCAGCUGUGUCCAGUAGAGCUAAUGCUUGAGCUAAGCACACAGGUGCAGCUAAUCAGACUGAUGUUAGCAGCUGUGUCCAGUAGAGCUAAUGCUUGAGCUAAGCACACAGGUGCAGCUAAUCAGACUGAUGUUAGCAGGUGUGUCUAGUAGAGCUAAUGCUUGAGCUAAGCACACAGGUGCAGCUAAUCAGUCUAGUGUUAGCAGGUGUGUCCAGUAGAGCUACCAUAUGAGCUAAGCACACAGGUGCAGCUAAUCAGACUGAUGUUAGCAGGUGUGUCUAGUAGAGUGCAAAUCUGUGGAUAAAACUCCAUGGAGCUGUCUUCACCACUAAGUUAUGGUAGUGUAGCAUGUAUUUGAAAGAAAGAAAGGGAAGCUUGCACAGUAAUUUUCCAGAAACUCAAACAUAGGUGGAACUCAAUGGAUGUAGAAGAAAUGUUUUCUGGCCUAAACUUCUCAUCCUGCCUUUCCUCUGUGUGGAAAGAGUGAAAAUGACUAUUUCUUUAGUGUGCUCUCAUUUGUGUGAUCGGACAAAAAAUUAAAUUGCAGUUGUCAGUCCUGUUGCUGAUUUACAUUUACAUUUUGAAUUUACAUUUUGAACAUGUGAUUCAUGAUUAAUCAAGUAAGCUGUAACCUGAAAUGUUUGUAAAUAAAUUAUUUUUCUUUUUUCACAGGAUGAGGGACGCUGCGAGAAAGAUGGAGGAGAAGCAUUUCUCUGAUCGCAGCACGGAGCACGUGGAGUUCCUCCCUGUGGAGUGGAGGUCAAAGCUCUCUCUGGAUGGAGGUAUGUCUCAAACUACAGCUGAGUAUUAUCAUGGCUGUUGGUUAUCAUGAGAGACGUCCUGAUAAGAGCUAAACGAUUGGAAAAUAGACUGUAAAAAUUCAUUCACGUGGUGACUGUCCGCACAUGUUGCUACAGAGUUAACCAACACUGAGAUAACAUGCUGCUGAUAACCGCAGAUUUUUGCUUUGUAUACAUAGAAAACAAACCGCGUGUGUCAGGUCAUAUGAUUGACACGACUCAUCUACAUCAUCACUGCAAUAGAUAAGGAUUUACUGUGAAGCUCUGGUCCUGUCAUGUUUGUCUCCAGAGGUCAUAAACUAGAGGGUAAAGGUUCUGACAGUCUGUUGGACAAAAUGAUGGAGAUAUUAAUAUCACUGAUAAACAUGUGGAUUAGAAGUUUGUAUUGAGCAUUAUAACAAAUCAGAGAGUGGAUUAAAAAGUCUCAGAGGAUUUUUGAACAGGAAUGUUUAUUUACUCCGUCAUGUACAGUAGGUAUCUUUCCAGCUCUUUGAAUACAGUUCAGUAACAUCCCCAUUCAAGAAAUGGCUCUUCAUAUUCAUGAAAUUCAAUCAGGGCUGUGCGAAAAGGCCUAAAAAUAAAUGUUUUUAAUCCAUUUAAUGUCUGGGAAUGUCUAAUUUUAGCCCCUCUCAGUCUGUGUUAUCAGGCUGCUGCUGUGUUGUUCAGCCCUCAGUGUCAAACACAUCCCCCGGUUUGGUGUCUCUGUGUCAGAUGAUUGAAUAAAGGAGUCAAGCUGAUUUGAGACUUUAAAGGAGACAGAGACAGACAGGGACAGAGGUUUGUUCAGGUCAGGCUCUGCAGUACUGAACCUCUUCCAAUGAAUGAAGAGACAUUUUUGAAGAACUCACUCCUUUUACAUGUCUAUAAAAUCAGGUAUUUGUUGAUGUGUCUGUUGGUUUAUGAAUCAAGCCCUUUCCCUUUGUUCAAAUCUGACAGUUGUCUGUUUCUGUGUGUCUCCCCUGCAGACACGGUUGACUCCAUCACUCCAGACAAAGUGCGAGGUCUCAGAGACAUGCUGAACAGCAGCGCCAUGGACAUCAUGUACUACACCAGCCCGCUCUACAGAGACGAGGUGACUCUGAAUUUACAUCACAUCCUCUUAAACACAUGGCUGACCUGUAGUAGCAAGACUCUGUAGUGGGAAUCAUCACAAAUUUUCAUAACGACUUCCAAAAAUCAUCGUCUGUGAUCACAGUUUGAAACUGUAUUCAAAAAACAAACAUUGUUUUUCUGCUUGCAGACAGAUGCCUGAAUCUUCAUGUAACAAUACAAUUUGGUUGUUUCUGAAUAAUUUGACUCACUCAGGACAUUCAGUGAAACUCUGGCAAAAUCUGGAGGUGCAGUUUUUUAAUUCUCUUUCUGUCUAAACAUGUUUACCUCAGCUUAGAUAAAUGGAUGAUAAUGAGCAAACCGAAAAUCAUCUCUGCAGGGAGCGUCCAUCCUGAAUCAGCGUCCCUCUGAAGCUCAUAAAUCCUCCAUAAUCUGAUUUAAUCCAACAUAGCUGCUCAGCUCGGAAACAUGCUCCACUGUGCAACUCUGAAAAUAUGGAUGAUUAUACUUCAUAACAUAGCCAUACUCUGUGUGUGUCCGUAGAUAACUCGAGGCCUGACUCUGGAGCUGAACCGGCUCUACUCGCUCUUCUGUUCGAGGAAUCCGGACUUUGAGAAGAACGGGAAAGUGUCCAUUGUUUCUCACUCGCUCGGCUGCGUCAUCACCUUUGACAUCAUGACGGGCUGGGACCCCGUCCGUUUCCACCAUCAGGAAGCGCCUGACCCAGAGGAGACAAAGGCCCGCUGGCCCAAUGAGCAAGAGCGGCAGCUGCAGGAGGAGCUGAGGCUCACACAUCUCAGGUGAGAAACAGGCAGAGGAGAUGAUUUCUAGUUUCUCUCUGAACCUUUUUACUGUUUCUUCUCUGAGUCAGAGGAGAUUUUUACUCCUGAACCUCUCUCAUACCAAACAUCAGAGUUUAAUCCUUAUUGUCAGUGGAUUAUCUGAGCGUGCAGACUCACUGGAAGGUUAAAUGAGACAUUAUGAACCCUGAGUUGGAGAGAAGCUCUCAGUCUUUCCUGCAAAAACAGAGCUCUCUUCUCUGCGGAUGUUAAACUGAGGGUUUGAGAAUUUAUUCUUUUACUGAAUAUUAUCACAAACAAUGGCCAAAAUGUAAAGUUCUUAUGCUGUGCAGGAUGCCAGACAAUGUAAUGCAACUUGAGUAAGUUGUGUUAUAUUCAAUUGAUGCUGAUUACGAAUAUUUUCCAUUGGUAUAUAUAUUUAAAGUACUGCUGCUGUGUUUGCUCUGUCAAAGAGGAUCAGUAUUAUGUAUUUCUGGAUUUCACUUUAUCUGAUCUCUGCAGGCUGAGAGACCUGGAGGAUCAGUUUCAGGGUCUGCAGACCUCGUCCUGUGUCGCAGUGCCUGCUCUCAAGUUCAAGGUAGACUCAAUGGACUCACUUGGCAGCUCUGUUCGACAGGAGUCAUUAACUUUCUAGAGGUGUUUGCAUUGUGUAGCAGAGUUUUUUUGUGUUCCACUCAGUCCAGACUGAUGAGCAGCUCUGUGGAUUUGACCGUCUGAUAUGUCAGAUCUAUCCUCUGAAUUGCAGGUGGAGAACUUCUUCUGCAUGGGCUCUCCUCUGGCUGUGUUCCUCGCUCUGAGAGGGAUCAGACCUGGAAACAAUGGAGGGCAGGACCACAUCCUCCCUACAUCCAUCUGCAAACGCCUCUUCAACAUUUUCCACCCCACAGACCCUGUGGUGAGACACUCAACACUGAAAGAAAAUAACACUGCAUAUACUGUAUUACAUUAUAUGACAUAUUGAAGCUUUGCUGGUGGCUUUGUGACUGAUAGUAAGUAAUAAAAACUGAAACCAAGCUGAUAUGAGCUUCAUGUAAACAGAGCACAAACCAUCUGAUCAUAUGAUAAUGAUCUGUGUGUGUGUGUGUGUGUGUGUGUGUGUGUGUGUGUGUGUGUGUGUGUGUGUGUGUGUGUGUGUGUGUGUGUGUGUGUGUGUGUGUGUGUGUGUGUGUGUGUGUGUGUGUGUGUGUGUGUUUCAGGCGUACAGACUGGAGCCUCUGGUUUUGAAGCACUACAGUAACAUCGCUCCUGUUCAGAUUCACUGGUAAGACAUGGCAAAUAAUAAUUAUUAUUUUAUUUUAUUUUAUUUUAUUUUUUGUUUUGAUGUGUAUUUAAUGAAACUAAAAGAGGCGCUUAAAGCAGAACCUGUCCUAGAAUUUCAGCUGUACAACAAGAAAGAACAACAUGAAACGCUAUUAAAUAUAAUUGUGAUAAGUAUCCGGGGGCCCUCUUUGUUUUGUAAAUAGCAGGUGCCCUUAAAAACUAAGUUAAAGACACGGCAGAUUAAAUGAUCUGAAUUUAUUUAGUUCCUGUAAAUGUGUCUGCAGUCUGCAGUAUGAUACGAUACAACACGAUAAGAUGAGAUACAAUACGAUAAGAUAAGAUAUUCCUACAUUAUUCCCGCAAGGGGGAAUUCCAAAUGUUUUCAAGAAACAGCAGCGUAUAAAUACCAAAGAGAAAUUCAAGGAUGAAAGAACUUAGCGUUAAAAUACAUAUAUAUAUAUAUCCAAGAUAUAUCCAUGCAAGAUAUAUAUUAAUCUACAGCACUGCAACAUUUUAGCCUCUGGGUGUCAGAGUGAAUAUGGUGUAAAGUUGUACUCAACAAUUCCAUUAUCUAUCCAACCCAACUGUGUGUAGAACAUUCCACUUCAUGAGGAUAAAUCAUAAUAUGUCAUGUGGUAUAAUUCUGUGUGGUCUACAGGUACAACACCACGAGCCCAACGCCAUACGACCAGAUCAGACCCACUCUGCUCAAUUUGCCUAAAGAGACCGCCUCAGUGUCCGACUCUGAGAGCAUCCCCAGCCCCUGUACCUCCCCUCCUCAGGCCCGACGGCACUAUGGAGAGUCCAUCACCAGCCUGGGAAAGGCCAGCAUCAUGGGUAAGGAAGGGAUUAAAUAUCACUGGGUAUUUUUUUUUACGAGGAGUAGGAACCACUAACAUAGGAUAGCUUAAAACAAAAGGUGGUUUGUGAGUUUAGGGUUGUUAAGCAAAAUCUGAGGUGAGUUUUUGAAGUAGGACUAAAAACGUGGUUGAGAAAAUCUGUGCAGGCAACUGUAAAUCUGAGUGUAUGCAGGCAGAGCGCAUUUCAGCACAGGCAGAGAUUAUUUCAGUCUGGACGGUCAGCACCUUUAAAUGCGACUGUUGAAUCAAUGCAUCUUGGCCUCAAAUUGAAAACACCACUCUAGAGUAAACAUUGGAAAUAAACCUCAGAGAAAAUCAAACCUUUCAGCCUCUAUCUCAGACCAGUGAGUCCUGAUCUGAGCGCAGAGAAACUGGAGCUGCUGGCUUGGCUCGUAUAGUAGCAAGGCAAGCAGUGUGUUAGCGAGUGUGUGCCAAACAGAUCAAUAGAAGCAAUCAGCUGCUGUCUGCAGGACUGACGGUCUGAUGUUUCUUUAUUUUAUGGAUCCAAUGCACAAAGGAAAUUACGGACACCAACAAACCAAAAUAAACUGAUGAUGGACUUUUAUUAUAGUUUUAUUUGUCCGAAAAUUUACAUAUCACUGACCAACUCCAGACUGGACAGAACCCAGAACCCCUUAGACCAACAAAAACCAGAUCUGGAGUCUGAAACCUAUGGUGCAGUGCUGUCCUGGCAUUUAAAGGGUACAUAGUGUAAUAGAAACACACAUUCCUCUUCUCUUGAUAUGCAUUCAAGACGGGAAACAACGCACCAACUUAUGAGGAAAUACAAGUUUGUUUGUUUUUUUGAUGCAGUGAAAUUUGAGUUUUUAUUGGAACAGAGUGUCAUGAUGGCAAAGUUGAAAAACAGAAAAAGGACCCAAUUGCAGUAACAAAAGAGAUUUAAUGAAAAAAUAACUGAAAAAAAAUAAAAAUUAAAUGUCCAACUCAAAAAUCCCAAGAAACACAAAUGGCAAAAUUCAAAGAACCGAAAAACUACAAGGAGACACUGGCAUUCACACAGCUUGACAAACACAUACAUAUUCACACAGACCACACAAUGAACCAACAAAGAAACAUGGGAAGAUAAGGACUAUAUAUAGACACACCCAGGGAAUGAGCAACGAGAAGCAGGUGAGACACUGAGACACAGGUGCAGAAUAUUACAGAGGAGGGAAAACUGAGGAAGUAAAACAAGACAAGAAACACAGGAAAUAAACUACUUCAAAAUAAAACAGGAAACACUGAAACUGAUAUAAAGAAUAAAACACUGAGAACAUGAGGGAACCGGGGUUGGACACAAACUGAAAACUCACAAGACAAGACUACAGGGGAACAGGAACAGCAGGGAACAGAGACACUAAGGAAAAACCACAAAGAAAAUACACUAGAGGAAAACACAAAACCAGGGAAAAACUAAAAACCAGAACAUAUCAUGACAAAGAGGGCCUGGAGACAAGAGCAUUUCUCUCCAUCUCUAUAUACCAUGGUACAGUCUUGUGCAAAUCUCAGUAUGCUGGAAUGAGGAUACCCUCAUUGCUAUCCCCUCAUACACAUGCUUUAGCUCAACAUAAGUGGACCAAAUACUCCAGACUGAGAUGGUAGGAGAAUAAACAGUGUCUAUCGUGAACACAGCGCAAACUAAAGCUGCGUGAUUCAGCAGUUAAAAUCUAAAAUCUGCUGUAUGAACAGUGAUAUGCUUGCCUGCAGGUACACCUGAAUGACAUAUGCUCUGAUUGGUUUGAGUCAUGUGACUCUUGAUUCAUAAAACACACCUGUGAUUUAUCCAGAAGCUUAAACAAACCUCUCCGUGCUCUGCACCUCACUUUGCACCCAGAUUUUGUGACGCUUUCCAUAAAACUGAGACACACACUAAUUGAAUUUGAACCAUGUGCUUCAGUCAGUGCAUCUCAGGUCAUGUAAUGGAGUGCUGUAAUUUUCAGUAUGAAAACAGACUAUUCUAAAAAAAUAUUUGUUGAUGGAUCGAUCUCGCUCUAUCUCUAGGAGCUGCAAGCCUGGGAAAGGGAAUUGGAGGAAUACUGUUUUCCCGCUUCUCCCGCUCUAGCGGUCAGGUGGGCGGGGUGGAAGAGGAGCCAUCGGAUUGUGAGGGCGGAGCUUCUGAAGUAGAAAACGUGCCAUCAGUAGAGGAAGGAGCUGUGGAGGGAGACAGUGAGGAGAAGGAGAAACAAUUGGAGGAAGAGAGGAGGGAGGUGGAGUCUGCCAUGUCUCAGUCCACCUCAACUGUCAUGGACCACACCACCCGUGAGCGCCUUCACCUGAGACUUAAAUUUGAAGUUAAUUAAGAGCUCUGGUGCUGUCAGGAUUCCCCCUGGUAAAGCUUUAUUCUUGUUUCUCUGUUUUUCAGUGGAGCUGGAGAAACGCAUCGACUUUGAGCUGAGGGAGGGCUUGGUGGAGAGCCGCUAUUGGUCAGCAGUGACCUCACACACGGCCUAUUGGUGCUCCUACGACGUGGCUCUGUUCCUGCUCUGCAACAUGUACCGACCACAGGAACCCGCUGAACCUGCGGAGGACGGCACGGACACAUCAUAACAGGACACGCUUUAGCGAAAGACACCUCAGAAAGACUAGACCACCCGUCAUAACAAGAGGAGAUUUGUCAUAAUGAAAAAAAAGAUAACAUAAGAAAAAAAACAUAAUAACACAAAGAGACAUGGUGCAGCAACAGAAGACACAUAAAGAAGACGUGCAAUAACAGGAUAGAGGAGACGUGAUAAUGAAAAGAUACAUCAUGACCUGAGUGAUGAAAGUUAUAACCGCACUUAUAAGAUCAAGAAAAGACCCUCUUUAUCACAAGAAUAGACAAACAUCUACAACAGAAACUAAAUAAAAAUCCUUUAAAAACUCAAUUUAAAGCAAGAAAAGACAAUCAUUUUGGAAAAGACAUAUAAAGGCAAGUGAAGACAUGUAAUGAAGUAAGUAAAGACACAUCAGAAUUAGAGAGGACAUGUUAUGAUACAGCAAAAGACAGUGAAAUGAAGAAAAAAAAACAGUGAAAAUAUUUCUAUAUAUAAUGAUACUGACAUGAUAACAGACAUUUUUAAACGACCAAAGACAUGAUGCAAAUCAAAUCUGACACAGGAACAGUCACAUUAUCACAACAACUAGGACUGUCUGUGUUAUGUGUUUAAUUUUAAAAACUGCUGUAAGGAUUAAUUUCACAAAUGAAUUAGUAGUCAAAUUCGGUGUUUGGGUCUGAGUGUCUCAAAAUGAGCUAAAUCACAUGUUAGACACGACACAUCUAAAUGAGAACGGAACAGUAAAAACAGGAGUAAAUAUGGGCCAUGAGGGCAGGACAGACAGAUAUGCUAUUACACACACACACAUUACAAGCCUUUUAGCAUUUAAACUCCUCCCAGUUUACACUUUGACCUUCAUGUGACCUUUGCACCAGACUGAGCAGAUAAAAACUGAUGUGAGAUCCGUCCUCAGAGGCGAGCUCUCAGCCUGUCGUCUGUCUCCUGGUCCUCUGUCCUCGCCAUCAGCUGAUUCCUGCUGGGAUCAUCUGUUUGUCGUGAUCAGCUGUUUUUCGUUGUGUUUGGGGGCCCUCACCCGUCGGACUGCCACGGACCGCACUGCUCGAACUGUAGCAAAACCGCCUCAGUGCUCUUUUCACCUCUGACCUUGUCCUCCUAACAUGUUUUGCUUUUAUAACGCCUCUGAUGGCGUCACACGGCCUAAAGGGAUCAUGGGAGGUUGAUCAUGCCCAGCUGAGACACGACUCCAAAAUCCUGUAUGCAGAAGGAUGUUAGAGUGGAAGAUUCUGACCACUGGGGGGCAGCACAGAGCCUUGAUAACACUGUGAUCAUUCAGGAGUGUAGGACAUAUGUGUUCUGUUCAUGUCAGAGCACAAAGGUUGUGUUUACAUGAGUUGAAUGAAGGAAAAAUGUGAUGCAGACAGAGACCAAAACCAACAAGAAGUCUGAAGAUUGUUGUCUUCAGAACAGACAGACUCCUCCGUGCUGACUCAAGGAGCUGUACAAACAAGGUCAAAGCGGAGAAGAUGAUCCGUCAUGAUCAUCUGUGGGUGUGGGCGUUGGGACCGUUUUAGACACACUUAAUGUUGUCUGUGUGAGGACAGGAACUCCUGCAUUGUGCCAAGAACAGACUAUGUUUCUCAUGUUAUAGUUUAUACAAGUUGCAGUCAGCAUGUUUCAAUCGCAAUGACCCACACAAUAAGAUCUUGGAGAUAAACACGACCAUAGUGCCAAAAGUAAAAAGUAAUAUACAUAAAAUGUGACUUUUUUUUUUUUUUACCUGUUAAGCUUUCUUUUUCAUCUAAAAUGAAUCAGACUUUUUUACACGCAGAUGUAAGACAAGAAUCAAUCUUUCUGUUUGAAGUGAACACAUGAACAUCUCUGUAAAAAUAAUGAUCCACAAACAUAAACUGAUUCAUGUCUGCAGUCCCAGAGGUUACCCUGAAGUAACAGUGCUGAUCUUUCUUUCAAUGCAGACCCACAGCACACUUCAAGUCAUUGUCAAUCACAACGCAAACUAAAACACCUGUCUGAUCAGGCUGGCAGCCCCCACUGUGACGCAUACUUUCUCCCUCAUUCUGUCAAAAUUAUGUAUUUAAGAAUCGCAAAAAUGUACUAUGAUGUAAAUAGAGCUGUGAAACAAUAUUUUUUUAAUCACAAUUAUUGCAUUUUUGAUCGCAUGUUUAAAAUUAUGUAACUUAGCAUUGUAAAAACCCUUUUUAAAAAUGCAAAUUAAUUAUGUAUGGACAUUUCUUUACAGCGUCUAGAUCGGGAAGUUCAAGGAAAACAGUUUGUGAGCUGGAUAUUUGGAUUUAUUUGGUAGGAAAGAGCCUCAAAGUUUUUAUUCUUUGAAAAACAGAGUGUAUUUUAAUUUGAAAUCUUUCAAGGACUAUACUAUCAGCCAUCAAGAAAACUGCAGGAGUGCAUGAACAAAACUAUUUUGAUUCAUUACUUACAUCCAGGAAUCCAUGGUUAUUAUGAGAGCAUUUGCACUUUUCAGAAGCUCCAGUUUGGUUGAUCCCUCUGUUAAGUUUAGUUUAAGUUCAGCUUUACAUACUCUCACAUAGUGUUCAGUCAGAUUUUGUGAAGUUGCCCUGUAACAGUCUCAUUAGCUGCACUCGAAUGCUUAGCUCAAAGGCCCGGACUCAAAGCUUAAACUGAAAGUUGAUAAUGCAUAUGACUUUAAACAUGUCGACUUGGCCUUCUAGGACAUUUUGAAGUGAAAGGUGCCAUUUAAAGUUUAAUGGUAUUGAUCUUUUCACAACAGCAACAGGGAGAUACCUCUGCAGCUUUUUUUAAACUAUGGUAUACAAACAGCAUGAGAUAAAAAAAUAAGUUUGUUAUUUAUGGACUUUGCCGACAACCUUUAAAGUGGUUUAUAAUUGUGGGGUGUUUGUUCCUUUGAGCAACCUCCACAAUCCUAGCCAACAACUGAUUCAGCCAAAGUGGGCGGCUUGUCUCUGUAGUGCAUCUGUGUGUAGUGGGUCUGCACUGUCAGAGUUAGCAUUGUCAGAAAUUGAUCAUUUCAUGCAUGACAAGGGGGUAAAAAAUCUCAUAUCAAACCACACCUGUGUUCUCAUGUUUACAUCAUCUUAACAUUCAGCUUCCCGAUCUGCCAACAGACUGAUGGUUUAUGUGACAGCUCUGUGCAGAGGGGGCGUCCAGUGCUGAGAGUCGAACAUUGGAUAGUGCGUUGGUGGCCGAUUAUGGUGCAAAUGGUUCCCAUAAAGAGAAGCCAGCUGCAAAUUUAGAAUUAAAGCAGGUUUAAGCGCAUAUGGUCCAGAAAGGAUGCAAUGAUGGGUCGCGUUGUGUCAUUCAUGAACGAUUCGUUCAAAAGAACCGAUUCUUUCAAGUGAACGUAAUAAACCGAAUCACUUCCUGAAGUGAUUCGUUCGUUUCUCACUUAAGUUGAGCUGAAGUGAGAAACUGCAUUGUCAGGCCGGCAGCCGGUGAACGAGGGACCACAUGCACUGAAGCCUGAAUCACUUGGUGAACGAAUCAAGCAUUGAACUACACUCUCCGGAAUCAUUUUUGUUGGACAAAACUACCAUUUUUUUCACUGCUAAAUUGCCACAACAACUUGCAUACAAUAGGGCACAGCAUGUAACAAGUAGUGCAUUAAACCCACAGCAUCCUAUCAUUGCAGCGGUUUGCAUGGGAACAGUACAUAUUUAGUGUGAAUUCUUCUAAACAAUCAGUGAACGAAUCACUCACUGACCCCAAUUUACCAAGCAGACCUGGUAAAUAGCAUACCAUAGGACAGUACACGUAAAACAUCAUGAUUUAUAAACAAGUUCAUUUUUACAAACCUGUUUGCCGAAGCAACACAGCCAAACACUCUCGUCUCCCGGUCCCAGAAGCUAUGAUCUGAACUGAAUCCUGAACUGUUCAGCUGUGUAUCAGUUCAGGAGGUCAGAGUCACAGGCUUCCCCCGCUAAAUGAUUCAGUGAUUUGGGAACAAAUCUUUUGAAUGAAUCUUUUUAGUGAACUGAUUCUAGUAAUUCAGUACAUUUAAAAGAACUGCCAUACCUAUCACUAAUGAUAGGAAUGCACUGCAAAAUAAAAAUAAAAAGAGAGAACAGAAAAGACCACAGCCAGAGUGCAGGACACAAUAAACAACACAGAAAACUGGGGAAAACAAGCCAAAAUCUAAGCAUCACUGAGCAAGUUUCUCUAAGCCUGUAGGGGGCGCUCAGUGUGACAGCAUCACUGUGACAGAAGGCAGGAGUGUGAUGGCUGGCUUUAAUGUGUAUCUUCCUUUCUUUUGCAGCUUGCUUGAGAUAGCAGUGUAGCUAACUCUUCCUGUCGGCCAUCAUUAUUCUGCUCUUUGCACUGAGGUGACCUCUGAACUGUCAGAGUGGCGUCAUUCUGAAUCAACAGGAAAAGAGUGUGUGCUGUUUUAUAAUGACGUGUUUGUGAAUACUGUGAAAUCAGGCCGGAUGUUCAUGAAGACAAAAUGAUAUCUGAGAUUUUUUUAUUUUCACCGUUGUAUUAAUCUCAAGAAUUUAUAAGGAAUUAAAGCCACACUGGGCAUGAUGGGAUAUGUACCAUGUACAGAGCUGGUGGUUGGAUUAAACCUUGAGGAUGAAGUGAGACACAGUGAAGCUGUCGAGUUUGAACCUAAUAAGUAAAAACAUUCAGAGAAACCCUUGAAGAAGCUUGGACUUUCUGUUCAGUGUUUCCACACAUGUUCUGUGUCAUUGUGUUGUUGUUGUUUUAUUGUGUGCUCCUCUCUGUCUGUGUGUGUUUUACACAUGUGUCAAGUUUUUUAUUUUUUUGUUUGAAGAAUUAGAAAAUGAAUUCACACGUACAAACUUUAAUUUAAAGCGAACACAUGUGCAUAAGCCAUUUGCAGCAACUAGUUUGUGUUUCAUGUGAAAUGUCUUACCAUGUGACAUUUUUUGUAUUCAUUUUUAUUUGUUGAACUCUUUGUUUACAUUUGGUCCGGUGACUGAUAUGUAAUUUUCAGUUACUUUUUCAGAGUGCAUUUCAUCUAAUGAUCUUCGUCAAGUUGUUAAAAGUAUUUGAUUUGAUAUAAAAAAGUGCUUUAAAAAUAAAUCUCCUGGCCUGUCUUUAAUAUA